AUGAAAUCUUUCAUUGGUAAUUCAUUGGCUUGGCUACAAGCUCAAGCACAAAUCCCAUUGGAUUCAUCGACACUUCAUGCCGCCUCAAAUCGAUGCUCGGUAGAUGUUUUCGCAAAGCCGAACAUCUUCGGUGCUGAAGUCGUCGCUCUUUCUGCUCACGAGGUCAGAAACUAUUCAAUCACGGACCCUUGGACGUUGAAGGUACUGGAAGCAGAUGGCUUGGAUUUUUGCAACAUCACUGUGACCUACACUCAUCCUGGGCAAAACGACACAAUACAUACUACUGUCUGGCUGCCGCUUGAGAACUGGAAUGGCAGAUUUAUGGCUGUCGGCGGCGGAGGCUGGAUCACCGGUCAUCCAAACUUGGGUUCGCAGAUCAGACAGGGCUAUGCUGCCGCCAGCACGGAUGGUGGACAUGGCUUGGAACGUUCAGCGGCAUCUUGGGCUCUGACCAGUCCGGGAAAUGUGAAUUGGAAUCUACUGCAAGACUUUGCGCACCGAGCGCUCGAUGAUAUGACUCUCAUUGGCAAAGCUGUCACCACAUCUUUCUACAAAACUGCACCAAAGUACUCCUACUGGAAUGGAUGCUCGACUGGAGGUCGACAAGGCCUUAUGCUUGCACAACGCUCUCCUCAUCUGUUUGAUGGCAUCCUAGCUGCUGCACCUGCGAUCGACUGGCCAACCUUUGUAGUCUCCGCUUUCUGGGCUCAGCAGCGCAUGAAUCAGAUAGCCUCGUACCCCUCGACUUGCGAACUCAUGGCAUUCAGAGCUGCUGCCAUUGAGGCAUGUGAUGGUCUCGAUGGGCUCACUGACGGCAUUAUCGGAGCACCUGGAUUGUGUCAAUUCGACCCGCAUACUGUUAUAGGCAGAAAGGUCAAAUGUGACAGCAUUGAACAAGAACUCACAUCCGAAGGUGCUACGAUAGCUCAGGCAGCAUGGACUGGACCUGUUGAUGCCGAUGGCAAAGCUCAUUGGUUUGGUGUCAAUCACGAUGCAGUUCUUCGCUCAGCAGACGAUGCUAUUGUGGUUGGAAAGAACGGCAAAAGGGGCAAGACCAUCCCAGAAGAAUGGAUCAGUCUGUUCGUCAUGAAAGAUCCAGCAUACGAUACAAGCAAGAUGUCAAGCGCUGAGUUUUUCGCCGCACUCAAAGCCUCACAGAGAGAGUACGAUUCAAUUAUCGGCACGAAUUGGCCAGAUCUAUCUGAGUUUCGAAAUGCAGGCGGCAAGAUGAUCACCUGGCAUGGCCUUGCGGACGAUCGCAUUCCACCUAACGGAACUUCACACUAUUACGACAAAGUGCUUGCAACAACUUCGAAUGUCUCUGACUUCUAUAGGUACUUUGAAGCUCCUGGUGUUGGUCACUGCGCAGGCGGAGCUGGUCCUGUACCAGAUGCCCACAAGGAUUUGGUUAGGUGGGUCGAGGAAGGAAUAGCUCCUGAUACUUUGAAGGCAACCGGUCAGCAUGGAGAUGGAACAGUCAGAGAGCUGUGCCAAUAUCCGCUUGUGCAGCGGUUCGUUGGAGGCGAUCCAAAGGUCGCUUCUUCCUUCGAGUGCACGACUGGGUUCGCUUGA